AUGCCAACUGCCACAGCCAUCGUCACCGUCCUGGCCGGUAUUGUUGCCGUCCUGGCUGUCGUAGUCUACUUCUUCGGCAUCCCCCCAGAGCUGAAGCGCAAGAUGGAGAACGAAGCGCUGAAGACGAUGGGCGAGAACAAGGCUUCCUACGUUGUCAAAGACCAGAUUAACAAGCUUCCAGCUUCCGACCAGGAGGAUAUCAAAGACUUGAAGAAGGGCUUGGGUAACGCCCUCGGAGGAGGACUCCAAAACCCGCUGGGCAAGACCGUGGGAGAUGUGGGGGAUGAUCUUACGAGGGACUUUACUGGACGCUGA